AAGUGCUAUCAUAAAAUCCCUAAAAUAUGUCAAAAAUAAAUUACUAAUGGCUGCGUAACAGUAGUCUGCUUGGGUAGAAUGAAGCGAGUGGUCAUCUGUUUCUUUGCCUUCCUGGCAUUGGCCUACGGCCGCCAUGAGAAAUAUGAAGGACACCAACUGUUCCAAUUAUCAGGGCCGGCCAGGGAAAUAGGAUCUCUUGAGGGCAAGUUGGAUAUCCUCUCAGCGAAACCAGCCGCGCGCGUGGAAUCGAACCAGCUACAAGCUUUAGUGCGACUGUCGCCGGAAGUGAAACAACAAUGGUUGCGAUACUUCGACGAAAGGCAGAUCACGUAUAAGAAAGUGGUUGAUAAUUUAGCUGAAGCUUUCCGUGAUGAAGACUCUCAAAUUGAAGCUGCUAGAGAAUCAGCCAAACGUAGUGGGCGAAACAUCGGCUGGGAUACUUACUACAGGCACCAAGAGAUCAACGACCAUUUGGACGCACUAGCAGCACAGUAUCCCAAUUUGGUAACCGUAAUCAACCCCGCGCUCAGUUACGAAGGCCGACAGAUCAAAUACGUGAGAAUCUCGACCACACGCUUCGAGGACCUGCGAAAACCCGUUAUUAUCAUCGAUGCCAUGGUCCAUGCCAGGGAAUGGGUUACUACUCCAGUAGCUCUCUACAUCAUCAACCAGUUAGUGGUUGAUGCCGUAGACAGCCAAUUGACCCAGGAUAUAGAUUGGAUUAUUAUUCCGCUGGCUAACCCUGACGGAUACGAGUACACACAUGAUGAGGAUCGUCUUUGGCGCAAGACCCGAUCCAAAUCUCACCCCGGAAGCGACCAAUGCCCUGGCGUUGAUGGCAAUCGUAACUUUGACCACUACUGGGGCACCUCGGAGUCCAGCGCUAACCCCUGCAGCAUCAUCUAUGAAGGCCCUUCUGCUUUCUCUGAGCCUGAGAUUCGAGUGAUCAGAGAUGUGGUUAAUCAGCAUUUGGAGCGGGCUGCUAUGUACAUUUCGCUACACAGCUACGGCAAUAUGUUCCUUUACGCGUGGGGAAAUAACGGUACUCUUCCUUCCAACGGCCUAGCGCUCCAUCUUGCCGGUGUGACCAUGGCAACAGCUAUAGACUCUUUGGCGUUAGACAACGCCCCCCGCUACGUAGUUGGCAACGCCGCCCAAGUCCUAUACUUCACGAGCGGUACCUCACGUGACUGGACCCGGGCCGUCGGUAUCCCUCUGACAUAUACUCUGGAACUGCCCGGCUAUGAAUACUUGUUUGAAGUGCCUGCUCAGUACGUCGAGCAGAUUGUCAAGGAAACCUGGGCUGGUAUAGCGGCAGGAGCGCAUUACGUCAGAUCGAUCUUUGGUUAAUCGCGGUUCUAGUUUUUCUACCUACCCACAUGUACUUAAUAAACUUCCCGUUUUUCGGUUUUA